AUGAACUACUUUAUUUUUGCCGCACUUCUCGCUUCCUCUGCUGCAGUUGCUCGUGGGUCAAUAGAUUCCGUAUCAGAACCAAUGCUGUUGAGUAUUGUUCAAAACUUUGUAGUUGGGCCAGAUCUUUCGUAUUACGGCGUACCACUAGGGACAUUCAAAUGUGAUGAAUUAGGAGUUCGUGGAGAAUUAUACCUAUCUGACGAUCACACCAUUCUUCUUGCUGACUUUGUUCAUGAUCCUCCGAUGUCAUCGUCUACAUUGCAAAAGUUCCAAUUAGGUACCGCAGCGAUGAUAGGACCUCCGCGGAAAGAGGACAUGGAAAGAAAGAUUGGAGAAGGGCUACUGCUAGCUUAUACUCAUCCGAACUUUUCUUGGGAGGAAAUCAGGCGGCACCGACAAAUAACCAAGAGAGGUGUUGAUCCAAGAAAGAAUAAACCCAUCAAAAGGACUAUUUCAAGACGGCUUAUAAAGUACGGACCCUUACGCAAAACAACGACAUCAACACGACCUCCAACCGCAACAUUAUCGUUGGAGUCACUUUCAUCACUUCAUCCGAGUGAAUUCUAUGAAGAGAUCGAAUACGUUGACGACGAAGAAGAAACAGAAGAAAGAGAAGAGAGCGUGAAUCAAUUCCUUCCUAAACUUAAGGAUGGCGAAACUAAACGACGUCAGGUGACCACACCUCCAUCAACCACUGUUUCCUUCCCAACGUUGAUCACAGAAGGAAUUUUGUCUUCGGCUAGCGAUAGUGAAACACCAAUGAUUGUAUUCGAUAAGUCUGAGAAGCAUCGACAUGAGAAUCAAGCGUCCCCUUCUCAGAUGUUGGAUGAUGGCCUUACUAACGAUGACGUCGUAGCGACCACAACAACAAGAAAGUUCGAUGCUUCGUUUUCGUUGCCGCCUGCCACCAAUGAGCAAGUUGCCUUUCUUCUUACGAAUGGUGGAUCUCUAUCCGAUUACAAAUGGAUUGGACUUUACGACCAGUGUAAAAACAUUUCCAUCCCACUGGUUUCACUAGCAGAUGCAGAUCCUCCCAGAGAAGAAAAUAUUGGUCCGUUUAUCUCUCAAGAGCGGGAUAUGUCUAGUGGAGUAAUUCGGAUCCUGAAUUGUAAUACAAUCCUUGUUCCCGAUUUCCACUUCGAAAUCAGCCAAAAACUACCGAACUCUUUCUUCUUCGUCGGAACAGGAAAUGUCUCGCAUGUUCAUCAACAGACAAAAGCUCGCACAAUCGGGCAGGAACUAGGGGAUCCUUUGGAGUCGUACUCAGGUGGUGAUGUGAUGGUUCGAUUGCCACGUGGACUCCGAACUUUCGAUGUGGACUUUAUGUCCAUAUACAAUGAAGAUAAAAAGAAAACACUUGGAUAUAUCAACUUACCGAGUUUACUCGUGCCGCCUUGCGUAGACGACCUAUGA